CAACACUUGUACGUCAAAUGUCAAUGUCCGUCAGCCUUCUCUUUUUAGCAUCAAUUCAAUUUCAUUCUAUCAAAAAGAAGGUGAGCGUUUGCAGUACAUGAACAAAAUGACGUCCACAUCCUUCAACGUAGGGCUCGGCGACGGGUCGCGCCUCUCCAGCCGCGUGCUGCGGCCGCCGGGCGGAGGGCACACCGACAUCUUCGGCGGGGAGCCGGAGCCUCCCCGCGGCAGACGUCAGGUGCCAGCCGCGAGCGGGGCUAUGUUUGGACACGGCGACGAACCCGCCAAGACACCAACUGCAGCUGAGACUCCAACCCAAAACGGUUCAAACGGAGCUCCCGAGCCGGCGCCGCAGCCCGAACCUGCGCAAGCGCCGCCCGCUCAGCCAGAACCCGCGCAAGUCGAACCUGCGCAAGUGAAACCCGCGCAAGCGCAACCUGCGUCCAAAGAGAGCCCCAAAACACCAGAACAACCCAAGACUGAGGCCCCCAAGAGGGUGCGAGUGCCCCCCGGAGGCUUCUCCUCCGGCCUCUGGUAAAUCGGAAACGCUUGGGACCUCUGAACUGUGCCUUACAUUACGUUAUAUGUAGACGAUAUCUUUGUUUCUGGUUGAAUGGAAUGCUGUGUUAAAAUUGACUAUGAGGUUCGAUGUAUUCGCCCAUGUGUUUAUCGCAGGGUGUGCACAGGCAGCGUGUGGUGCGGGCAAGGUGUGCCAAAUUUACGCAUUUUGUAGUGAAGUGAGAGUGAGAUCGAUGUGGUUACGAAGAUAGGUUUACAUAUAGUCAGCCAGCCAGCCACGUUGCUAGAUGGAUGUUGGUCCCGCGCAUUUCCGCUUAUGUAAAUCCUCGCCUUUAUUUACUCAAUCUAUAUUAUACUUUACGUACACGAAGAAUUUAAUUUUUUUUUUAUUUUUUAAUCUGUAUUUUUCGCUUGUGUCAAACUAAGGCAAUGGUUGCCGACUCUCUAUUAGACUAAUGUAAUGUAGUCACAAAAGUUUAUAGGUACUGACGAGUUUUGCGUAGGCCUUUUUAUUGUAAGGUUCAUGUUAUAUGGGUCAUUUUGAUAUGAUCUUGUUACAAUGUGCUCGAGAGUAUAAUUUUAUUUUCAGUGGGUAAUUAUUUACCUGUAUUAUAAAUGGACGAUCUAAUAUUUAACAAUCGUUGCUAAUGAUGUCAUAUCAAAAUAGGAGCUCAGCUGUAAAUGUAUGGGUAUUUGAAAUUUUUCUAGUGCACCGACUGACGUGUGUUUCACAGGAUUGUACUUAAGAAAUUUUCCGUUAGCAA